AACCCUCAUCUCCAUCUCCCCCAAUUAAUUCUAGUCGCCAUUUUCAGCUCUGACCUGCUGUACACCUUUCUUUAUCGACAAUUAUUAUUGUCGUUACUCUCUUGUUCUCUCGCACUAUAUGAUAUACUCGUCUCAUUUGCUCCACUAAGUCUCAGGAGCAUCCUACAAUCAGCAACAUGAAAAGUAUCUUGUUCUUCAUGUUUUCAUUGAUUUUGUACAAAAGUUUUGCAUCCGCACAAUCACCAAAGCUAGACGAGACAGAAGUGAAGGUACUGAAAGAAAUAGGUGAAAAAUUGGGGAUAAAUGGGACGAAAGAAUGGGAUUUGGAUAAGAAUCCGUGCAGUGGCGAAGGGAAUUGGGGCCGCGGCGAGUUCCCAAAAGGAUUCGAGGUCUCUGUUAACUGUGAUUGCUCUUUCGAACAAAAUGCCACCUGCCGCGUCGUUCGCAUAGCUUUGAAAUCCCAGAACAUCUCAGCUGCUAUUCCACCAGAGUUUUCCAAGCUUCGAUACCUUACACAAUUGGAUCUCAGUCGUAACUACCUCAAUGGAACUAUACCUCCCCAAUGGGCUACUAUGCGCUUGGGUGACCUCUCUCUCAUGGGAAACAGAUUAUCCGGCCCAUUUCCAAGAGUUCUCACCAGAAUAACUACCCUUGUAAAUCUGAGCAUGGAAGGAAAUCGCUUUUCAGGAUCCAUACCCCAAGAGAUUGUCAACAUGAAAAAUUUGCAGAAACUUGUUCUGGCUUCAAAUGAAUUCUCUGGCCCACUGCCUGUUGGACUUGGAAAACUUACCAACUUGACUGAUAUGAGGAUAAGUGACAAUAAUUUCACUGGAAAGAUACCAGACUUCAUUGGCAACUGGACACAAAUUCAGAAAUUGCAUCUACAAGGUUGUUCUCUUGAGGGGCCAAUUCCUUCUAGCAUCUCUGUGUUAACAAAACUAAAUGAUCUAAGGAUCAGUGACUUGAAAACUACAGGAUCUAGUUUCCCACAACUGCAGAAAAUGGAAGAUCUGAGUAAAUUGGUACUUAGAAAUUGUUUGAUCCGUGGGACAAUCCCUGAAUACGUGGGGAAUAUGAGAACACUGAAAACUCUAGACCUCAGCUUCAACAAUUUGACUGGUGAAAUCCCAUCAUCUUUUUCUGAACUAGGCAAAACAGAUUACAUUUAUUUGACAGAUAAUAAUCUUACUGGACCUAUACCUGGAUGGGUCUUCUCAAGCUCCAAAACUGUGGAUGUUUCCUAUAACCGUUUUACAUGGGAUUCUUCUGGUCCAAAUGAAUGUCCACGUGGGACAAUAAACAUGGUGGAGGGGUAUUCUUUGUCCACAAACAAACAAAGCAAUAUUCAUCCAUGUCUAAGGAAAGAUUUCCCAUGUUCUAGUUCAACUAGACAACAAGCCUAUUCUCUACACAUCAAUUGCGGGGGCAAAGAAGUAAAUAUCAACAACACCACUAGAUACAAAGCUGAUUUAGAAGCAAAAGGCGCAGCAACAUAUUAUGGGGAAAGAAACUGGGCAUUUAGCAGCACUGGACACUUUUUAGAUGAUGAUCAUGAUUCUGAUAUCUACACUCUUUCAAAUGUAUCAAGUCUCCAUAACGUGUCAUCAUCCGAAACAGAAUUGUACACGUCAGCACGCACAGCUGCUAUUUCUCUCACUUACUAUGGACUCUGUCUUCUCAACGGAAAUUACAAUCUUAGCCUUCACUUUGCUGAGAUUGUUUUCACCCAAGACAGCACAUAUAACAACCUUGGAAAGCGCGUAUUUGAUGUUUAUGUCCAGGGGGAGUUGAAAUUGAAGGAUUUUGAUAUUGCAAAAGAGGCUGGAGGUGCUGGUAGGCCAAUUACAAAAAAAUUCACAGUCAAUGUGACGAGUAACACGGUCAAGAUUCAACUUUAUUGGGCUGGAAGGGGCACUACUGGAAUUCCAGUUAGAGGAAUUUAUGGUCCUUUAAUAUCAGCCAUUUCACUUGAUCCAAAUUUCGACCCCCCUGUUUAUGGGAAAAAAAUUGCAGUUAGUUUAAUAGUAGCAAUUGUUGGUGGAGGAGUGUUUUUUAUAUUGUUAAUCAUACUUAUCUUGUGGAGAAAAGGCUUCUUUACGGCUAAAAAUGCGAAAGAUAGAGAGCUCAAAGGUCUGGAUCUGCAAACUGGAAUAUUCACUCUAAGACAGAUAAAAGCUGCAACUAAAAACUUUGAUUUGUCAAACAAGCUUGGCGAAGGUGGUUUUGGUGCUGUUUACAAGGGUUCAUUAUCAGAUGGGACAAUCAUUGCAGUGAAACAACUAUCAUCAAAGUCAAAACAAGGAACUCGCGAAUUCGUGAAUGAAAUCGGCAUGAUUUCAGCUUUACAACACCCAAAUCUUGUGAAACUAUACGGAUGUUGUGUUGAAGGCAACCAGUUAUCUUUGAUUUAUGAGUACAUGGAGAAUAACUGCCUAUCUCGUGCCCUUUUCGGUCGAGAUAAAGUGUCGAAAGCAAAGCUGACAUGGCCAGUGAGGUGGAAGGUAUGUUUAGGGAUAGCCCGAGGCUUGGUGUAUCUCCAUGAAGAAUCACAACUAAGAAUUGUACACAGAGACAUCAAAACUAGCAAUGUGUUGCUCGAUAAAGACCUGAAUGCAAAAAUAUCUGAUUUCGGUUUGGCAAAGCUUACUGAUGAUGGAAAUACCCACAUCAGUACUCGUAUUGCAGGAACCAUAGGUUACAUGGCUCCGGAGUACGCGAUGCGAGGUUACUUGACUCCCAAGGCAGAUGUUUACAGUUUUGGAAUCGUGGUAUUAGAAACAGUUAGUGGAAAAAGCAACACCAACUAUAGACCCAAAGAAGAGUUUGUUUACCUUCUUGAUUGGGCAUAUGUUCUGCAAGAGAGAGGGAGUUUAUUGGAAUUGGUUGAUCCGGAUUUGGGAUCCGAGUAUUCAUCGGAGGAAGCAAUGACACUUUUGAAUGUGGCUCUUUUGUGCACGAAUGCAUCACCUACACUUAGGCCAACUAUGUCACAAGCCAUGAACAUGUUAGAGGGUCGCACGAGUGUUCAAGAUUUGCUAUCUGACCCUGGAUUUUCAACUAUAAAUCCCAAGUUUAGGGCCUUAAGGAAUCACUUUUGGCAGAAUCCUAGUCAGACACUUACAAUAUCCAGUGAGGAUCCGUGUACUGAGUCGUUGAUAGCUCCUGAAGCAAAUAACUGACAAUCAUUUCUUGCGAAUGUCAAUGUGUAUUUGAUAUUUGAUGGUGUAUAUAGACAGACAUUAGAAAAAAUAAACAUUCAUAAUGUAACAAGCUACAAAGUAGUGUUACAAUUAUCAUGGAAUUCUGAAAA